AUGUCAAAGGCUGAAGCGGCGGCGCCGCCACAGUAUAACUCGUGGGGCUGCGCGGCGGCCAUGGCCACAGCCGCCUCCAACCCCUACAGCCUCCUCGGCUCCGGCUCGCUCGCCCAUGCGGACGGCGCGGGCAUGCAGCAGGGGAGCCCGUUCCGCAACCCGCAGAAGCUGCUGCAGAGCGAGUACCUGCAGGGCGUCCCCGGCAAUGGGCACCCGCUGGGGCACCACUGGGUCACCAGCCUGAGCGACGGCGGGCCCUGGCCCUCGGCGCUGGCCGGCGGCCCGCUGGAACAGCCCGACGUCAAGCCGGGCCGUGAGGACCUGCAGCUGGGCGCCAUCAUCCACCACCGCUCGCCCCACGUCUCCCACCACUCGCCCCACGCCAACCACCCCAGCGCCUGGGGGGCCAGCCCGGCCCACAGCGCCUCGCUGGCCCCCCCCUCCGCCGCCGCCGCCGCCGGGCAGCCCCUCAACGUCUACUCGCAGGCGGGCUUCGCGGUGGGCGGCAUGCUGGAGCACGGCGGCUUGACCCCGCCGCCCGCCGCCGCCGCCGCCGCCGCGGCCGCCGCCGCCGCCGCCGCCGCGCAGGGCUUGCACCCCGGGCUGAGGGGCGAGGGCGGCGGGGAGCACGGCGAGCUGGGCGGGCACCACUGCCAGGACCAUUCGGACGAGGAGACGCCGACCUCGGACGAGCUGGAGCAGUUCGCCAAGCAGUUCAAGCAGCGGCGCAUCAAGCUGGGCUUCACCCAGGCCGACGUGGGCUUGGCCCUGGGGACCCUCUACGGCAACGUCUUCUCGCAGACCACCAUCUGCCGCUUCGAGGCCCUGCAGCUCAGCUUCAAGAACAUGUGCAAGCUGAAGCCGCUGCUGAACAAGUGGCUGGAGGAGGCCGACUCCUCCACCGGCAGCCCCACCAGCAUCGACAAGAUCGCGGCGCAGGGGAGGAAGAGGAAGAAGCGCACCUCCAUCGAGGUGAGUGUCAAGGGCGUGCUGGAAACGCACUUUCUCAAGUGUCCCAAGCCGGCCGCCCAGGAGAUCUCCUCGCUGGCAGACAGCCUGCAGCUGGAGAAGGAGGUGGUGCGGGUCUGGUUCUGCAACCGGCGGCAGAAGGAGAAGCGCAUGACCCCGCCGGGAGAGCAGCCGCAGCACGAGGUCUACUCCCACGGCGUGAAAACGGACACGGCCUGCCACGACCUCUGACCGGGGGGGUUGGCGGGGCAGAGCAGGACUGCGGGCAGCGCGGAUUUGCUUCUUUUUUUUUCCGCCGGGGGCUUUAACUUAUGGUUUCCGAGAGGCGGGAGACGGGGGAGCGGGGGCUCCCCGCUCGCCGCCUGGGCAAUAUUUUCUCCUCUCCCUCUCCGACCUUUCUUUCCGCUGAUCAGUACACGGUGUUUACUCGCAGACAAGGUUUGGUUUCGGGCUCCGCUAGGACGAAGGAAAAAAAAAAAAAAAAAAAAAAAAAAAAAAAAAAAAAAAGGAGAAAACCCACGGGAAAAAGAAAAAAAAAAAAAAAAAGAAAAGAAAAACCCGACAGAAAAGGAAAGACAGAUGUGUGCCUAUGAAUAACCUUCCAGCGCCUUGGUUAUAUCAGCUGUAUUUCAGGUGAAUCUGUUUUACAAUAGACUAGUUUUGCAUUUUUAAAGACUUAUAUAGCGUUUUUAAAUGUCUGAGGUGUUUUACUACAAACUGUACACAAUAUUUGUGACCUAAUUUGUAUCGAAUUGAGCAGUCAAAACGUUUCUCCCUUCCCCACGCACCGGCAAUGUCACCCAGCGGGGACGGGGCAGGGUGGCCGCGGCCCUUCCUCUCCCCCCCCCCCCCCCAACACCCCCCCAGGAGACGGGGUUCCCCUCCGCGCCCGCGGAGUCCCACGCACCCGACUGCCGCCCGCACGGUUCUGAAGAACAGGCUUAUUUGUUGCAGCUUUUCUCUUCCUUUUCAAGAACUUCCCGACACCGUAAAACGGUCGGCUUACGAUCCUCGCCUCCCCCCUCUGCUUCCAAGGGGGG